GCCCAGCUGCAGACAGUCGAUCGCUUUUCUCCCUUGAGCAAAAUGGAGUUUGAGGUUAGACGACGGCGGGGAGAUGGGGAUGCUACUUUACUGGAUCGUAUAAGAGAAGACGAGAGGGACGAAGAACUCGCUUCUCGUGCAUCUCAAGGAUGGAGUACCUUUUUCAUAGCAUUCAUUGUGGCUGUGACUUUACUGGGAAUUCUAGUAGCAUUUUUACCAUCACCAAUUGAGCCUAUAGCUUUCAGUCUUCCGGAACCACCAGAGUGGACAGGGCCACUUACACCAAAUGAUAAGCUGACACAUGCAGAACACAUCUAUGAGAAUAAGGUGAAAGGACCAGAGUCAAUUGUAUACAAUGAAGGUUAUAUUUAUACUGGAACAUCUGAUGGUCGUGUGGUCAGCAUCUUCUCUGGGGAGGUCAGAACACUUGCCCGACUAGGCACAGGGGAAAACUGUGGUAGCUUUGAUGAUGAGCCCAUCUGUGGACGCCCCCUUGGGAUGCGGAUGGAUAAUGAAGGAUACCUUGUGGUAGCAGAUGCAUACUUGGGAAUAUUUAAAAUCAAUGUAGCGACUGGCAGUGUCCACAAGCUGUUGUCUGCUGAAACACCACUUGCAGGCAAGGUCGCUAAAUUUUUUAAUGAUGUAGAAAUUGGUGAAGAUGGACUGAUAUACUUCACUGACUCAAGCACACGCUGGGACCGUCGACACAAUCGGUAUCUUAUUUUGGAAGGGGACAUGACAGGCAGGUUGCUGUCAUUUGAUCCUGCAACAGGGUCUGUUCAAGAACUAGUGACUGGCCUUGCUUUUGCGAACGGGAUUCAGUUAUCACCUGACAAAUCACACAUCCUCAUUGCAGAAACCACAAAAACGAGAAUACUUCGGUACCACAUUAAAGGUCCAAAAAAGGGGACAGUGGAUGUGUUUUCUGACAAUCUGCCUGGCAUGCCAGAUAAUAUAAGAAAGUCGGGUCGAGGAACAUAUUGGAUUGGUCUUGCAAGUAUUAGGCGAGCACACAAGUUUUCAUUGCUUGACUGGGCUGCACCACGUCCUUGGGUCAGAUCUCUUAUUACUAAGUUCCUUUCACAGAAUUUGAUGAUGUCUCUGCUACCUAAGUAUGGGCUGCUUCUGGAAGUGGACAAGGAAGGCAGGAUAAUUAAAUCAUUUCAUGAUCCUACAGGCGAAACUGUACCAAGUGUCAGUGAAGCUGAAGAACAUAAUGGUGUAUUAUACCUAGGAUCGUACUACCUACCUUUCCUAAGCAGAUUCUACCUGUAUAAGUGAUAUAAAAGAUAAGACUGGCAAUUUUAUCACGGAUCUGUUCUUGGAUUUUACAAAUAUUCAUAGUGCAUUGAAAAAGCUUCUGCAGUUCAUUUUUCCUGUACAAUUUUCUGUUUCUAGAGAGGAUGUGGGAACUGUGAAUCAUUUUCUUGGACUUGACAUCUGGAUUUCAGUUCAUGUUCUCAUCAUGAGGAUUACUUUCUGAAAGCUAAAAGCUGCAGAAUUUAUUCCAGGAUGAAAUUUCCAUUGUGCUACCUCUUGGUUUUUUAAGCUGAUUGCUAAGUAUGACUGUAUUAUCUGAAGUAUAUUUAGGUAGGGAGGAGGGGUAUUAAAGGGUAAUGACUGGAGUGUGAAGUUAUGGACAAUCACAUUAUUUGCAAAUUUGAUUGAAUCAUACUUGAUACAUGCCUGUGUUCUUGCUGUUUUAGAAAUCUGUUGAAAGUGCAGGAAAUGCACUUUUCAGCACAUAAGUUCGGUUCCGUUCGUCUGAUGACUUCAUUCCUUGGGUUAUUUUGAACAAGUUGUGAGCAAAUGAAUGAAAUGUAUCAUCGAUGAACUCUUGGGAGCCAUACAGCAUGAUUAGAUUUAUAGAGCCUGAGUUUGGUGAAAAUGCUAAUGCUUUUGCUGUCCCAAAUCCUAUUAAGUCUGGCCAUUGUUGCUGCUGUAAUUCUUUGAUGAACAUCCUCUACACAGCUACCGUCAUUGGUAAUGGUCGUGUCCAAGUACUUAAAUGACUGCACCUCCUCCAGCUGUACGCAGUUCAACCAGUUCUCUGCCUUUGCUCAUUUCCAAUGGUGCACCAUAACUUUGUUCUUUCUUGUGCUGAUCUCCAUCCCAUAUGUGUCUGGAGAAGAGCAAGGUUAUGGUACACAUAACAGUGUAUAUAAGUAAUGGUGUACAAAUAUCUUACCAUUAUUACAUGUACUUGUAAAAAUAUAUUCAAAUUUCAAGUUUCUUUUGCAGAUAAUAGUUUACUGGCCCACCGCAUACCUAGAAUUUUGAGAAGAGAACUUGGCCCACACUUGUUCUAGAUGAAGUAUAUUACAUGGUCUGAUCGAAAGUUCAUAUUUGUUCAAACGCGAACUGCUUACCUGAAAUAAAUACAACAAAAAUUCUGGAAUUAAAGGGUAGCUCUUCUGAUGUUUUCACAUAA